ACAGGACCAUCAAAGCAAACUGGCGGAAAAUGACAAUGACUUCAGCGAGGUUAUCAACUCGAUUCGCGAAUUUCAAGAAACGAUCAGCGAGCAUGCAUGCAUACUAGCGGAUCUUAAGCCCCUGUUCAACCUAUUCAAGGAGCACCAGCGUCUUGUCGAAGAAAAUGGACAAAGCCAGCAAGGUCUGGUUGAGCAGCAUAGCAUCCUCAAAAGAGAUCUUAGAAAGGUGUUUGAUAUGCUUCAAGAAUUGCAAGGCCAGGUCGAUGAGGUCAAAACGAAUCUUAACGGAACUCCAGAGAACUCCGGAGAAGUGGUCCCGGGGAGACCAGAGGACUCUAAAACCCUGAUCAAAUCAUUAUAUCAGAAUCUCGUAAAGUCCAAGGCAGAAGUCCAGACAGCUCUCAGAAAAGAGCUUUCUGAGGCCAUGCAAAAGCUCCAGGAGCAGAUUUCAGGCCUCCAGACAGAAACCUCCGAGGCUGAACAGAGGCUCCUGGAAGAUGUCAAAAUGAUCUAUACGGCGGAUUUGGAAAGGGUGGAGAAAAACCUCGAAGAGCAGGAAUUGCUCGUCUCCGACGCACUGGAAAGCCUCGACCGGCAGCACACUGAAUCCGUUAAGGAAAGCCAGGAAAAUCACGCCUUGUUUAAAGAAUGGGUCGAUUCAGAGCUCUACAAGCGCGAUACCGAACAGAGUGGCUUCAAAGAUUGGGUCGGUUCGGAGUUCCACAAACGCGAUACUGAGCGAACUGGCUUCAAAGAACGUGUCGACUUGGAGUUCCAUAAACGCGAUAUUGAGCAAAACGGCUUCAAAGACAGGGUCAAUUCGGAGUUCCACAAGCUCGAUUCUGAGAAAAGUGGCUUCAAGGACUGGGUCGCUUCGGAGUUCCACAAGCGCGAUACUGAGCAGAGUGUCCUCAUCUCAAAUGUGAUCGAUAACAAGAUAGCGCCUGUAAAUGCGCUCGUAACGGACAACAGCCGGCGCGUCAUCGAGCUAGCCAGAUUACGGGAGAAUGAUCUAUUAACCUCCAGAGCUCACCAGGUCGCAAUAGACAUGCUUCAAGUUCGCUGGGAUAAUUUGCGUACGGACGGGCUCGCGGACCACAUGCUAAAUCAACUAGCACAAAGAUACCCACAAGCUGCGCAGUUGGGUCAAAUGCAAAGCGACAUACAGCACCUCAACAGACAACUGGAGAGCCACGCCGUCGCCUGCGCCCCAUUUAGCAGACGUAUUUCAGACAUAUCUGAAGCUCAAGAGCGACUGUCGAAUGAGUUUACCAUCCAGCGCACCAGCUGCAUUUCGUACAGUACGCGUACGGAUCAGAGGCUGGAGACAAGCGAGCAGCACCUCACGCUACUGCAAGAGACCAUCAAUACCAACGAUGGCCAAACUCGCAGGCGCCUUGAGUUGGUCGAAGAAGACUCGCAAAAGUGCAAGAGCGACCAGGAUCAGCUGACGAAGGAUUUACAUCGCGCUGCCAAUGACAUUGGCGAAAUUCAAACCGUAGUCUCCCAGCUCGGCGAGGAGGCCGUCCCUAAUAAUUCCACCGUGCCCAAAGAAUGGGACAUGCGUCCAUGAUUUGGCCAGUCGCAACGGUAGGGUUGAUAACACCGCCUCUACGUCGACUUGUCAAGCAGGGACAAAAGAAAAUGACAGACGGCAGACGGCACCACGUUGCGGAAAUGUUGAUUUGCGGUGCGAAUACAUGCAUUUUUACUCUGCCCGCUUUUCUUUCUCACG